AUGUCACUCGUGGAUAACCCGGAAUUCCUUCGCAAGCUGGAAAAUGACAUUACUCGUGGAUGCGAAAUGGACUGGCUACUUGCCCACUUUGCCUAUCCAACAGGCGUCAAUCUCGACGAAACUCCCAUCACCAACUUCCGCAACUAUCGCUACAAGAUUGUCGACAUCUUCAACAUGACUUACAAACAAGAAAAGGCAGUCUUAGAUGCAGAAAUCGCUACCCCAGAUGUCCUCCUCAUCCUUGGAACCUACGCUGAAUACAAGAUUAUGGGCCGCUUGUCCCACCUCAACCAAAUUAUUGCCAAAGGCGGCCAUUCAUGGGCAAAACUCCUUGCUCUUUGUAAAAAUGAUGUCCGCAUGCUCGUCAACACCGCCUUUGUUACAAUGCACCUGUUUGCUGGCGACCUCGUGCCCUUGUCUGAUAACGAAAUUGUUUAUUGCUACAUCAUGGCUGCCGCUGUUGUCGUUUCUAUUAAUAAGAGCGCACGCGUGGCCUUAUCUAAAGAUAUUCAAAGACGAGGUCUCAAACGUCCCCAAGUCUCAAUUUCCGAGCGCAAUUCUUCGAGGUUUUCUUCCUCUUCUAUUUCUUCAGUCUCAUCUUCCUCUUCAACGUCAUCUCAUACAUCCAGCCUUACUAGAACUUUUUCAUCAAAAGUGCCCAAAGAUAACUCCGGUAUUUCCGAAUCAACUUAUAUUAAACGAUACCAAGAUGCCGUUAACAUGGGAUCAUCGCUAGGGACCAUUGAUGAAAAUUUGCGUGUGUCGGCGCAAGAAACUCCAGUUGAUUUAUUUUUGGGUGCAGCGCGGCGUUUGGGCGUGCGCAAAUCUUGUUUGCAAUCAUUGGCGAGUGUCGAAAAGGAUCUGCCGCAGGUCGGCAGGCUUUUACAUUUGGGUCGUACACAAUAUUCAUUUCAAAGCAUUACUACCAUUUAUUUAGACAAUAAUAAUUGUCAAGGAGAAGGAGAAGGAGAAGGAGAUGAUGAUGAUGUGAAAAAGAAGCCUGUCUCACCUGUAGAGCCUCAGCAAUUAGUGUUUUACAUUGGUAAACAGAAUAUAGCCACGCCAGCAUCGGACCUCGGGGAUCAAAGAUAUAGGAAACCCGAGCUUAAGGCGGUUUAUUCUUCAAAGAACCUGCGAGCAGGUUGGUAA